UUUCAAUUCUUCCAAAAGUCUAUCCAUGUAUGGAGCAGAGUCCGUUUGCUGGUGCGUAGCUCGAGAGGCUCGCGAUUCCCCGGGGCUCAUUCUGGCAUCUACGACAAGGCAGUGAGAGUUCCACCCAGCGACCUCUCUCCUUCUCUCUCGUGUGCCCACAUUCUGCAUACUAUAUACACAUCUCGCCGAAAUGCCGCCCACAAUACCGGCUGCCCUCUCGAGGAGAGCUGCGCAGUCAACAUCAGCCAGCUCCGUCACCUCCUUAACACGGGCCUUCUCCUGCACCUCGAUUCACCAGUCCACCAAGAUCCCCCCGGAGUCUCCCCUCUUCAUCAACGUCCCGACGCCACCGCUCUCGCAGGCAGUCGAGGACAAGCGGCCCGACCGCUUCGCCAAGAAAGGUCACCUACCUCUGCCACGCCGAAUCUUCAAGCGCAGGACCUACGAGCUGCCCAAGACCUCGCCCGUCUUCCUCUCCAAGUCCGCGCCCCUCCCCACCAGCGCCAAGGCCCAGCUGCCGCCCGCCAGCGAACAUGACGCCCGCCGCCGGGAGAUGGCCGACAUGCGCCGCAAGAACCUGACCGAGGGCAUCGAGGAGCUGUGGAAGCGCCGCAAGGACACGGAGAAGGCCCGCAGGAAACACCGCGAGGCCAAGCAGUGGCACCACAAGAACGCCAUGAACGCCCCCCAGCGCGACGACGAGGCCUUCACCGAGAGCUCCAUCCCCGCCGCCGUCCUGCAGACCCACGUUCCCCAGGAUCCCCUGAGGUUCGAGCACGGCCUGCAGUCCAAGGCCCGCACCGACGCCAUCGUCGCCCGCAAGAGCCAGGACCGCAAGGACGCCCUGCAGAAGCUGUACAUGUCCGCCCGCUCCUUCAUCGUCGACGAGAAGGUCCUGGAGAGCGAGGUGGACAAGCUCUUCCGCCCAGACACUUUCAGCAGCGGCAUCUCCGAGACCGGCGCCAUUCCCGAGAAUGCGUGGGGUUACUACGGCAAGCCUCUGACCGUGAGGGAGUUGAUGGGAGAUGUCAUGCGAACGGACAACAAGAUCCUGAACAUCUCCCAGGAGGAGGGCAGCAGGACCAGCAAGCGCCAGAUCAAGGUCGCCGAGGAACUGACUGGUGGCCCCAUGGACGACGCCUAAGGCACGCCUCUACAC